AUGUCAUGGAAGCAACAGCAGAAGUGGAACCAGCGUGCCGAGAGCUGGAAGAAAUCAUGGCCGGAGGCACGAGAGCAGAGCUUUGCAAAGCAAGAGGUCAAGCCAAAGGAGAAGGAUCGUUCCAAGCAGGUCAUCUACAGCCACGACGGGCGUCGCCUAGAGCUAAAGUUGCCUGGAUCUGGUUCAUCCUCAUCUACUUCAGCUGGGGCCCAGGCCGAUUUGCAGAGCGAGAACAAGAAGUUGAAGGAUGCGGUGCGCUUCUUAGCGAAGAGGGAUGCAGACGGAUCAGGUGGAGAAGAGAUGCCGGAAGACAUCAAACGCUUGGUGACCUCCAAUCCACGAGAAGAGCUGCGAGAACAACAGAGAGAAUUGAACAAGAUGAAGAAGUCCCUUGGAAGGCUGGAAAAAGUGCAGUCUCAGAUCAGUUCCCAGCAGGACAGUUUUAUGAGCUGGAAAGCUGCAAUGAUGGAUAUGAUCAACGAAGAAGAGAAGCGACACCAAAACGAGAUCAAGGAACUCAAGGACGAGGCAGUGACCUUGGAGGAGAAGGAUGGCCACAUGGACACCGAUCCUGGUGGUCUUACCAAGGAGCAUCGAGAGGUGAUGAGUCAAGAGCUGCAACAGUUCCGGGAGGAGAUGACUUCCUAUGUUGUGACCCUCGAACAGCGGAAUAUGGAUAUGGCACAACAGAUGCAGGUCCUGAUCCAAGCUGUGAAGGAAGUAAAGCAUGCGGAAGUAUUGAAGGAGUCCCCGCAGACGGUUCAUGUGCCAAAGAUUCAUCUCCCAGAGAUGACCCCAGGCCGACAUGGUCGAGCAGAGCGUUCCAGAUCACCAUGCAAGAGAGUUGCCGAGUCGACUGUGGAAGAGAUCGAGAACAAGACGGAGAUCAUGAAGGCACUCUACAAGAUCCCGGUAGAACACCAUCAGACGAUCACUGCCAUCAUAGAGGCAGAGCCAGAAAAGUACAAGACCCCUGCAAGUGUAGAGCUGCUUUGUCAGCAGCUGGUGGAGCAGAUGCAAGAUGCCGGGGGGGAAAAAUGGGGUGGUCAAUGGUGGUGCGAAGAAGGGCAAAGGCAAGGCCACGGCAAGAGGACCGCUUCAGCCUUUCUGGAAUUCUCACGAGCCGACCAAGGUCUUGCAAGAAGGGAUCUUUGGAGCAGAGGGGCUCCCCAGAGAUGGCAGUCAGCAAUCCGACGCUUCGAGUGGGCCCUUCCAGAAAAUGGAUGGUUAGGAGUGGCAGACGAUGAGUACUCACUGGUGUGGCUCACUGGUGGGCUUGGAGACAACCCUGAACGCAUUAUAGGUGUGGCACUUAUGCAGACAUCUUGGGAACUGCAAUUUGCUGCAGAAGAAGCGUCCUUGCGGGAGUCACUUGGCCUUUUGCCCUCCAGUGCGCCUGAGACGAUGUACUGGCAGCCCUCUUUUGGGGUAGACUUCAACCGUGAGAGUGUGCGGGUUUAUGUCUGGAUACACCAUAUCGGUGCUGAAAUUGUCCAAACUCAGUCCUCUGAGUGUGAUGUUGAUGUGCGUAGGGAUGUCGAGCUGCAAUGUGAAGAGCUUUGGGUGGAUAAGGGAAUGCCCCGUUUCAGUAAGAUCACUGAAGUCAGCCCGCCACCUGUCUUGAUUGCACUCCCAAAACCGCAUAUCAUUGUCUCAAGUACCUUUGAUACGGAGGAAGUGCCAUUACUUUGCCAAGCCAAUGUUGAUGGCCGUGUUAGUUUGAUGACGGUCUUAGUCAAUACCAGGAAUAUGCCGACACGAGUAGCAGGGCUCUUCGAUCUAGCAAUCCCACAGCAUGACUGUGAAUAUGGCUCGGAUUGCUAUCUCCUUUGGGGACAUCGAAGAUUUGAGUACGCACAGGAUUUUGAUCCUUACCCUGGUGCAUUUAUUCGAGUGAUAGAGUGGACAAGGCAUGAUUCGAGGAGUUCGACCGACCUGUGUACAUCAGGGUCCUUGGAGUCUCUGGAAGAAGAUGAUCAUUCAUGGAUGUCCUCUUGGUCAGAUUUGGUUGGCCAGGCUGACAUGGACAUGGAGGACAUACAGGCGGCGCCCUCUGUCUCGAGUGCACCAGUACAACAGCAACCUGGAGGAAACACUGCAACUCCAUUCGAGGAUGACCUAUUGUUACAGAGUCCACUGUUCAUGCAGAAUGACAUUUUGCUGCAAAUGAACCUGGGAUCUGAUCAAGGAGAGGACAGCGAAAGCCACUCCCUGCAGCUUUCGCUGGUGGUUUCCAAUGUCAGCGAUCUGCCACCACCAGUUGAUACUGGGGUGAACAGAGAGGUAGACUGGCUAUCGACGUGGGUGCAAGCGAGAGCAUUCCUUACGGGAUACCAUCAAGUGCCGAUGGCCCAGUCGUAUGUCCUGGUGCACCUGAUUCAGUACAAUGCCCAGGGCACAUCCUGCAGUUACGCAACUUGCCCAGGAUACCUUUUGUCGCAUCAACAGCAAAUUUAUAGUUUCAUUCAAUGGUGCAUCCAGAACUCAUGCCAACUCUACAGAGAAUAUAGCCGGGUUUUCUGUGUUGAGAAUGAGCUCUACCAGGGGGUGCCAUCGCUAAUCAUCGCCCAGAUGCAGCCAGAAGGACAAGCGCCGCUUCUGGUACAGGUCACCGAGUACAAGGAGGGCACGAUAUCCAGAUUCCUGCAGGGAGUGUCCUCCAGGACCCUGGGGAGACUUGAGGAAUGCCAAGAUGACGAGAUCCUGUGGAUGAAGCUCAGUUUGCAGAUUCAGAAGAAGAUCAACUCACUCUGCAAGUCUUUUGAGACAGAGGAGGAGGAUUACUUUUCAAAUAUGCAGCUCCCAGAGAACAGGCCAGAUGGUGGAAGAGGUUCAUUUGUGCACAUUGCUCAAAGGAGUACGGCCUGCACUAGCCGAGUAUUAACAGCAGCUCCUGAUCCUUGGCUUCUGAACAUGAUCCUUGAAGAGGAACAGAAUGAGACGGCUGCCCCAGAUCAUCUGGCUAUGAUGCAGUCACGAGCAGUGAAGGCAGAAGAUGAGCUCCUUAGAGGAGCCGUUGACCCGCUCUUUCGGGUAGUACAAAGGAUUCGGCAUCAUUUGCCCUUGCGACGGCGCGCCUCACUCACCGUGCACCUAUGGUUUUUCGAGGAUGAUCAGGUGACGACGCUGCCAGAAGCAAGGUCCCUGAUCUUGCAAGGUGAUGCUCAUGACUGGACGAACAGCGCGGGUCUAGAAGGAGCUUUGGCGAUUAUGCCUAUCCUACCGAAGCCCCCUUCAUUUGAUCCAGGAGUCUUCCAACUGAUGGCAUUUACGAAUGACGCUUCACGACACCUCCUUGUCGAUGUUCUGCUGGGACGACGUGUAGUCCGAGAGGCGGUCCAGUGCCGAACUGAGAUGAGUGUGUUGGACAUAUAUCGGAUGAUUGCUACGGGCAAGUUUGCAAUGUGGUACUUGCAGACCACUUCCCUCAAACUUACAUGGAAGCCACCGGAGGGUGAGGUGACAUACAGGUCGCAUGAAGUGCCAACUGUGCCAUCUGGUUCGUAUGUUACAAUGCAGAUUGCUGGAGAAGAGUGCACAGAUGACUCGUGGUUGACAUCACACGGCCUGCAUGGAUCCAGAGAGCGACAGGCGGGAGGAAACACUGCAACUCCUGUGGCAGACCUAGCUGAAGGCCGUGGAUCUCAGGAUUCCCCUCACAUUGCUUCCUUUCCAGACUUGGUGGAGGAUACUGCAUGGCCUGACUUCGAUGAGCACAGUUUUAUGCAAUUAUCUGCUGAUGAGACCUCCACGAUCAGAUGGGCCCAAGUUGUACACGCCUUUCAUAACAGACGGUCUCUUAAUGAUGUGCUCAGCUAUUCGGCUCAGAAUUUUGUGCGGAAAGAUGACCUUCGACAUUGGGUCUUGGGGCUUUUGCAGCCUCCGAAUGAUAUGCCAGUACAACUGGCAAUCUGGAGGCUUGGGCCAUGGUCCAUGAUUGCGAGAAGUUGUGACUACCUGCGCAUGGAGGACGACAAUUGGUCCAGGCAUGUCCGAGAAUAUUGGAAGGCCAAACCAGACUACAAGGUACCAGAUAUGGCUGCACCGGAGCCUCAACCGUUGGCCAAUAGUGGGGCGGAUAUGCGACAGCUUCAUGUUAUUGCUUUUGAGCAUAAUCGCAUGCCAAUCGACACUUACAUGCACCUCUUUGAGGUUUGGACAACUAGAAAUCCUGCUGAAGGCACUGGCAGGGUCUUCCUGGCGAGGAUGGCAGCGGCAAUACCGAGGCAUUUCAAAGUCAUCCAGAUUGUGGAAGCCUUGGGACUGGCCCAUCUUCUUCCUCCAGAAGGUCAAUGUUUUAUUCUUUUUUCUUUACGAGAUGGCCUUCAAGAAGCGGUCUACAGGAAACAUCAUGUCCCAGAGGUGCCAGAAUUUUCACUGCUCCAGAUUGUUUUGGUGCAGACCCAGCAGGCUGGCUGUGAACCGACAAUUGGGGAUAACACUGCAACCCCAAGUAUUGAAGAGUUGAGCCAGCAAGACACGGUGACAACCUUUCUUCAGUUAUCAAUGCAGAUGAAUUUCCGGAACCAGUUUGACAAGCAAAUUGCAGAGAUGCUCUCACCUCCUGGCAAUCCGGGGAUGGAAUUCUGGAAUAGCGUUGACCUGACGGAUCUGGAUGAUUGGAUCUGCAUUGAUGAACAUGUCUUUGUGGUUGAUGCUAAGUUUACAAGAGCCCGCCAAGUAGUUUCCCUUGCUGAUUCGUUGCCUGUUUCGGGACAAGAAGGGCCAAAUGUACGACUGAAUGGGUCCAGGGGUGUUGACCCUCAGAGAAGGGUUCAAUUGCCAGAUUUUAGGCCAUUGCUGGAUUCCAUUUAUUGCAAGCAGCCAGAACAUGACUUUGAUGUCACAACUCUGUAUGAGGAUCUACCGGAAAUUGUCCGGAAGGCAGCUUGGGCCGUGGAGCUCGGCUAUAAGGGACCUUGUCAUAGUCUCCAUAUUUACACAGACGGCUCUUUUUCAGCAAAGGCCAAGGGCUCGCUGGCGCUUUUGAAGGUCCAACGAUCUGCAUGGUCGAUCUUGAUUUUGGUCUUGUGGACACAGACCCUGUGA